AUGAAAACACAGGGCUGCACUACCUGCUCCACUGCGGCUUCUCUCCUCACCACGACUUCACCAUCUCCCCUCAAUCUCCCCCUCCCAUGCUCCUCCUCAGCUGUGGACCCUGGUGGCAGAGUGGAGUACUGCACUCCUGACACCUCCUUCACUCACCUCACAGUCCACUCGGGCGCCGGCGAGGUCUAUGUCGGAGCGGUCAACCAAGUCCUGAAGCUGUCGUCCGAUCUGACACUGCUGAGGAGUCAUGAGACCGGCCCGGUGGAGGACAACGACCGGUGCUACCCCCCGCCCAGCGUCCAGACCUGUGCACACAGACUGUACCGACAUUGUUUACACACCACUUUGGGCAGGUCAGAUAAUGUGAAUAAGCUCCUCCUGGUGGACUACAGUGAGAACAGACUGUUGGCGUGUGGGACCAAAUGGCAGGGCGUGUGCCAGUUCCUGCGCCUGGAUGACCUGUUCAACCUCGGAGAACCACACCUGCAAAAAGAGCACUAUGUGUCCGGAGGCAGCGACCCCAACGGCAUGGCAGGUCUGAUAUUGGACAAGGACAACCGAGGCUCUAACCCUGACAGUCAGAAACCGGUCCAAGGCAACAGUCGUCUUUACAUCGGAGCCAGUGUUUCCAGGACACACCAGUAUUACCCCUCGCUGUCCCAUCGCAAGCUACUGCCGGAUGUGGACAGUAAUGACAUGUUGUCUCUGGUUUAUCAGGAUGAAUUUGUCUCUUCUCAAAUUAAAAUUCCUGAAGACACUCUCAAAGUGUAUCCAGACUUCAACAUCCACUACGUCUACACUUUCUCCAGUGGCUUCUACGUUUACUUUGUCACGCUACAACUGGACACCGAGCUCACGCCCAAAAGUUCCAGCUCGAGUUCGUGUCAUUGUUCCAAAUCAGAGGCAGACCCAGGAAGGGAGACUUUCUAUACCACCAAGAUCGUCCGGAUGUGCAGCGAUGACCCAAAGUUUUUUUCCUAUGUGGAGUUUCCUCUCGGGUGCACCAAAGACGGGGUGGACUACAGAGUGGUGCAGGCUGCGUUCAAACAGAAGCCUGGGAAGAAGCUGGCUCUGCAGCUCGGCCUGGGGGAGGACGAGGAUGUCCUGUUGGUCCUCUUUUCACAGGGUCAGCAGAACCGUUCAAACACAGACACAGUUCUGUGCCUCUUCACGCUCCGGGACAUAAACCAGGCCAUAACUGAGAAGAUCCGCUCAUGUUAUCGAGGGAUGGGGAGGCUGUCUGUGCCCUGGCUGCUCGGCAAGGAGCUCUCAUGCAUAACAGCGCCUGUAGAGAUUGGAGAACACUUCUGUGGCAUGGACUUUAACCAGCCUCUGGGAGGGGACCGAGUGAUCCAGGGACACCCCCUACACCAGGACCGCACCCAGGGCAUGGGGGCAGUGGCUGGGUGCACCUACGGGGAGGACACCCUAAUCUUUGUGGGGACAAGGACUGGACAUUUAAAGAAGCUCCGAGUAGACAGCGCUUCAAACUCCCAGGAUGCUUUGCUGUACGAGACGCUGAAUGUGACAGAGAGAGAGCCUAUUCUCAGAGACAUGGGGUUGAGUCCAGACUGUCGCUUCAUCUACGUGCUCAGCCAGAACCAGGUGACCCGUUUACCAGUGGAGUCAUGUGACCGGUAUAGCUCCUGCUCAGAGUGUGUGGGCUCUAGAGAUCCGCAUUGUAGCUGGUGUCUACUCUCCAACAAAUGA